UUAACUAUUAUGAUGGUUUUAGAAGUAGACGAUCACUGUGAACCCAACUCUACACCAAAACUUUCUUUAUCUAAGCUUCCAUGCAAGCCAAGAGAGCCCAUACAAAUGCUAACGCCACCGCUCCAUCCAUCGGUUUCAAUCCCAUUCCACUGGGAGGAAGUCCCCGGAAAGCCUAGAGCCACCGUGGAGGAGGCGGAGGCUCCGCCUUCCGCCGCCGCAGCAACGUCCAAGAACAAGGCAGCCAGGUGCUUGGACCUGCCUCCAAGAUUGUUGCAUGAUGAUGCCAAAAUUACCAUAACGCCCUCGCCAUUGGACGGGCCUUACGUCGGCCGGUCCUUAUCCCUCGCAUGCACCUUCUCCUUCCGGAAAGAGGGGCCGGUGACGGCGGGGCGGGAGGAAGGGCUGAGGCACACGAAAAGGAGCAGCAGUAGAGUCUUUGGUUGUCGACAGUGGGGGAGCUUCAAGGAUGAGGAAAAGUUGCCCCGGGGCAGUUUUGACCUUUCACACUCAUUAGGUGAGAUACUCAAGAGUGAGAAGAAUGUGAAGGUCACAAGAAUUAGGAGGAGGAGGAGGAGCUUCUUCAAUUUCUCUACCAUCAAUUCUAACUUGAUGGAGAUUUGUGCAAGUUUUAAGCAGGUCGUUGCGUGGAAGCGUAGACGGUAACAAUUUUCAAGGAGAGGGGCACAUGAAAAUAUGAAGCUUUAAUUCAUGGAAUUUUGUUAUGUUAGAUAAUUAAUCACUUGGAAUGAAUGAAUGUA